UUACAUUAUUCACAAAUAUGAACUUCAGAGGAAUUAAGCAAGAAAUAGAAGAAGAGAAAAAUAGAAGCCUGAAGGGGUGUGGAAGAGAGGAACACAGUGAGAUUUGGGAUUUGGAGAAGGUGAAGGAGGAACAGAGCUUUGGAGGUGCCAGGGAUGGUGGACAGGGAAGAAAUGAGGGGGAUGGGCAAGGAAGAGGUGGAGGACUGGAGAUCUUGGAAGGAAGGCUUUCGCAAGAUGAAAAGAAACAUGAAUCUAAGGCAUUUUCUGUAGAAGAAGGUAUUUCUGGUUGUCAUCAAAAUCUUGGAGAGAAUGGAAACAAGCUUGCAUCAACUCCACUGAAAUUUGAAAAUGAUUUUAACAAGAAGUGUAAAAGUUUUGAAAAUGGCUUAACCAAUCACAAAGAUAUUCAAAGUAAAAAGAUGAAAUAAUGUCUGAAACUCAAACUCAACUAAGCUAUUAAGAAGGUCUUGCUUGAGGAUUCUUGCAGACAUGGCUGGGAAUAUAGUUUGCUCCCAAGGAGAUCAAGAGAAGAUCCUUGGUCUCCAAGAUAUACAGCAACUGAAUUUUUUUAACUUGAUGGCUGACUAUAAUAAAAGAUACUUUAUAUCUCAAGGAAUUUUUCAACUGAAUGUUAACCAAUAUGGAAUGGAAGAGAUCAAGUUCAACAGGAGAGUUUGCACAAUCAGGUUUUCACUAAAGCAUUUUCAAGAAUGCAUAAACCCGGUGAUCCUAACUUGCAAAAUUCAAGUAAAAAAAUUGGGAGCCUAAACAAGAGUCUACUGAGAAAUCUCCAAGAGUCAUAAUUACCCUCAGAAGGUCUGGAAGAGAGUACAAGAAGCAAUUCUGGGAAUCUUUAAAAGAAGCUAACAAGGCUUUAAAUUAUGAGCAUCGGUUUGAAAGAUUUGAGAACUCUAAUAUCCUAAGCCAUUUAAGCCACCUUAGACUUCAAAUUGAAAGCUUCAGAGGUCUUUUCAGCUCAGAGUGCUUUCCUUCAUGAACAAGUGAGUGGUACAAUUCUUUCCAUGCUCAAACAGAAGUGACUCAUGAAGACAAUCCUUGUAAGGAAGAAGGUCCUUAAUCAAUCUGUGUUUGACUCUUUGUUAGACAAUAUAAUCUGUAAUUCAAUACAAUUUAUUCUUUC